AUGCCAUUGAUCAAGAGAGGAAAGACAUUUUCAGUUACUGAUGUUCUGGAAGCCAUUUUAAAUGGAGACAACAGUGAUUUUGAGAUAGAGUCAGAGAACAGCGAUAGUGAUGAAGAAGAUACAGCACAGCAUUCAGACAUUUCAGCUGACGAGGAAAGUGAAGAUGAAAAUGAAACAGAAAUUCAGACAGGACAGCAGACAGAAAGUCUCAGCAGUGACAGUGAGGAUGUGCCUUGUACAACACAGUGCAGGAAGAAUUCAGAGGGCAGAGAACUUCGCUGGCUUAAAAAAGAGUUUGUAAAUCCAGAAACAACUUUCACAGGUGCUGAUUUUGCAGCCUCCUCCAACUAUGAACUACAAACCCCACUGCAGUACUUCCAGAGAUUUGUGUCCCAGGAGAUGCUUUACAACGUGAUGGUCAAGAGCAAUGAAUACAGUCUCCAGAAACACGGGACAGUUGCUGACAUAUCUUUAAAGGAUUUAGAACAAAUGAUAGGCAUGUACUUGCAUAUGGGUAUAGUUCAGAUGCCUGGUGUCAGGGUUUACUGGGAAACUGACAUACGGUAUGGCCCCAUAGCUGAUGUGAUGACUCGCAACCGUUUCCAGUGCUUGCUUUCGUCCAUCCACUUUGUGGACAAUCUCACUGUUACAGAUGAACAGAAGCAAGAUAAACUUUGGAAGAUUAGGCCAUGGUUGGAAUCAUUCAGGGAGAAGUGCCUACAGAUAGUGCCAGAGGAGCAUAACUCCAUUGAUGAGAUGAUGAUUCCUUUCAAGGGAAGGUUCAGUGGGAUCAGACAGUAUAUGCGUGGGAAACCACAUCCCUGGGGCUUCAAGAUCUGGGCAAGAACCGGAAUCUCUGGCAUGCUCUGUGACUUUGAUGUGUACCAAGGGAGUGUGCAGGGUAAGCCUGCACACUCAACUUUUUCAGACAACUUUUUCACCUCUGUGCCUCUGCUUGUUAAACUGCUGGAGUGUGGCAUACACUUUGUUGGCACUGUUCGUCCUGGGCGUGUGCCAAACCUCAGGUUAGCAGAAGAGAAGGAGCUGAAAAAACAAGGAAGAGGAAGCUUUGACUUCAGAGUGUCACAAGAACACAACAUCUGUGCAGUGAGGUGGUAUGACAACCGGUCGGUCACACUUCUCUCCACUUUUGAUGGUCCAAACCCAGUUGACAAGGUUGCACGAUGGAACAAAUCCACCAAGUCCUUCACUGAAGUGAGAAGACCAUCAAUUGUGAAGACAUACAACAAAUUCAUGGGUGGGAUCGACUUGCUGGAUUCCUUCACUGCCAAGUACAAGUUCCACAUGAGGUCCAAACGGUGGUACAUGUACAUCUUUUGGCACACAAUCAUCAUUGCUGUGGUAAAUGCUUGGCUGCAAUACAAGCGCGACUGCAGGACCCUGCAGAUCCCUGUGAAGGAAGUGCUGAACAGGAGACGGUUCCAGGCACAGCUCUCUGCAUCUCUCAUUCAAACUCACACUAUAAAGAGAGACGCGGGGAUCAACAUCACUGACACCUCCACCUUCUCCAGCGACCUUACUCCAGGGGACAACUGCAAUGAAGAAUUCGAGAUCUUCCCCAACCCAGAAGACAAUUCCACCUAUUUCACAUGUGAUGACGGCAUUAUCAUUCUAAAACUCUGCUUUCAAGGGCAGAUCUUUAAUGUAGAGUGCAGCUGCUGUACCGAUGAAAACUGA